CUGUGAUACAACUGGGAUGACACCAAGGACCCCAGAGACCGCGAGCCCGCCUUCCUGCAGGGAGGAUGCAGGACACCCCUCCCCCACCGGCUAUCUCUGGCAUCUUCCAUCACAGGCUUACCCAGGGCCCUCCUUGGAGGGGAGCAAAGGGACAGGGAGCAGCAGCCGAGGGGCCGGGAAGAGGUGUGGAGUGCAAGGCUGUGGGGCCAAGGAGGCCAACAGGACAGGAGGUGGCUAGCACGCUCUGUGGUUCAGCCCCUUGUCCUUCCAGACAAACCAUUCUGCUACCUGGGCCACACAUGAAGCGCUGGCAGCUUUUUGUCCUCUGGGUCUUUUGGGUGCUUAUCUUGUGGGUGAUGGCUCCUUACCUGGAUCUAUCACCUGAGUCAACACUCCAGAAAAAACAAAUGGACUUGGUACCCUGGCGUUGCAACUGCUCUUGGUCCAAAGUUGGAGUGAAGUGCGGCUGCCCUCCCGGGACCUUCAACUGCUCCUCCUGCUGCCACCCAGUCGGAGAAUGGAACUGGUUUGAUGGCUGCUACAAGAAGACUAUGGGGUACCUGAUAAGGACAAAAGAGCAUACGAUCUCUGAACCUGUGGUCUGGUACCAGGGCAUGAAUUCAGCCAGCGAGCCUGGGACGGCAUGGGAGAUGUUUAAAGUGACUCCUGCCCAGGGUCUUGAGGACCCAAACCACAGGACUGCUCAUUGUCCCCGCAAUGCCAGUGACCAGGGUUCUAGGGGACAGCUGCUGGAGCGGCCCCAUCUGGUGUGGAUUUCAGAUGCUCUGAGGGACGAAGUGACAGAUGUGUCCUCACGCAGUCUCAGGGUGGGGGUGCGGUGAGGUCAUUGCAGGCGAAGUCAGCAGGGGCUCCAGGGAGACCUGUGCUAGUUCCCUGGUGUCCCUGCCCUGCUUUCGUAGAUUUUGGAAGAUGGUCUGGCUCCCUAGUGGAGGGGAAGUGAGCUACGACUAGGUGCGGGGUGGGGGAGGGACAGGAUGCGGCUGGGUACUGCGGCAAGGGCCCACGGCAGCCCUCUUCCCCGUUCCCAGGUUGCUCCCUUGCCCCCUCUGGAUCUGGACCAGAGCAGCAAAGAAAGUGGUCUCAUUACUGGGAGGAUGAUAAUCAGACUUACAGCUCCAAGGAGACUUGGUCCACCCAUAGUAGAGAGAAGCGAAUGGCACCCGUAAGCGAGAGUGUGCAGGCAGACUCAGCAUCCACACACGAUGCCUGGCGGAGUCUACACAGGCCCUCGUCGUCUGGGCCUGGAUGAAGGCGAGUCUUGGCAUUGCACCAGCAGCAGCAGGAGGACUGUGAAGCCUUUGAGGGCACGAGGAAACUGUAUGGAGAUCUACCUGCUACUGAAUAAAAUCCUGGCCUCAU